UUAAUCUAGUACAAAAUGAACAAAAAUACUCCACCACCACCGUACGAACCUCCACCAUACGCACCUCCAUCUUAUAGUCAAACUGUAGGAGGUGUUCCACCUGCUAGUCCAUUUACAUCUGCUGACAUCUAUGCACAAGGACCAACUAUUGUAACUACUAUUGUUCCUAUGGGACCGGGACCAACUCAUACAAUUUGUCCACAUUGUCAAGCUGAAAUCGAAUCUACAACGAAAACAGAACCUGGCAUGAUUGCUUAUAUUUCUGGAGUUGUAAUAGCUUUACUUGGUUGUUGGUUUGGUUGCUGUUUAAUUCCUUGCUGUAUUGACGAAUGUAUGGACGUACAUCAUACCUGUCCAAAUUGCAAAGCUUAUCUCGGACGUUAUCGAAGAUGAAUCAAAGAUUAUCAAAAACAAAGACUUGAAAUUUUUACUUGGAAUUUCAAUGUAUAAUAUUAUUUAUAUCUAAUACGAAAUCCCAUUAAUUUUAUCUUUUUAUCUUACGUGUAUAUGAGUGUGUAGAAUCUUCAGGAUCUGGAAGAUAAAAUGUAAAUAAUAUUAAGUUUUUUCCAAGGUACAGCAAAAUGUUUAACAAUUACAAAUGAAAUGUUUUCUUCUCUAUUAAUUCUAUCUAUUAUCGGUUAAAAGUAUCUCAUAUGGAAUUAUACAAAAGAAAACAUUGCAUAUUUAUAUAAAAGAAUACAGUUAAAAUCUAUUUUGAUGAAGUUUAUUAAAAUAUAUUAUUUUUUUUAUAAGCUAUUUGUUUAUCAUUAUGAGCACUUAUAUUUAAUGCUCACUUAAUAAAGUAAAAUAUAGGCUGCUUCAAAUAAGGCAUUUGUUGAAAUAAGUGCUCUAUUU